AUGAACAAAAUUGAGUUCAACGACUACUCCAUCGUCCCAGAAGACGUUACAAUGGAACAUAGGUAGAAGGUUCUUUGAAUAAUUUGUCCUGAAUAUGACAAAUUCAAAAAAGGCUUUCAAGAAGACGUUUUUGAUCAAACAAAGGAUUCUAAAAAAUGUUUUUAACUAAGGAGGAGAACGCCGGCUCAAAAAGCCGUGCCGAAGAGAACGACGGAGACUCAAACUUGAGUCUUUUCAGAAGACGUUGCCAAAAAAUGGACGCUUCAAAAUAAUCCGUCUCAAAACAAAUCAAGGACGACGACAGCUGAAGAUUUCCUAGAAGACCACCGGACAGCUUCGAAGAAUCGCCGAUGCCAUUGCUCAGCUGGGAAAUCAGUCUGCGACGUGUUUUUCUUCUCCUCUUUUUGUCUUCUGUUUUUUUUCCGCGGUGCAUGAAAAAAGCGGCCUCGACUCUCAACACCCCCGUCUGGCGGCGACGGAGGCUUCGGCGGACCCUAUCGAUCUCGUGUUUUCCAGUGUGGAAAGAAAAGGAGGAAAGCUCUCGGCAAAGAGAAGCUCUCCGCUUCGGCUCUACCGCACCAAACGCUUUUUUCCUGCCUUUCGCCCUGGAGGAGCCUCUUGAAAUUUAUCGAUCGAUCGAUCUCGACGGCGGCUCAUCCCACAGACAUCCCUUGA